AUGUCCGGCAUCGAGGUCGUGGGCCUGGUCCUCGGCAUCCUGCCACUGGCCAUCAAGGCCCUCCAAGGCUACAGGGCCAUGCUAUCAGGGGUGCGAGGCGCCGACCGCGACCUGAAAGCCCUUGUGCAAGACCUCGAGACGGAGCAGGUCCGCCUACAAACUACGUGCGAGGUGCUCCUCGACGGCAUCGCGCCGCUGUCCCGGAUCGACGACAUGGUCGAGAAGCCUUUCGGGCCCGAGUGGGAGCAGUUCAGCGACAACAUCCGAGAGCGACUAUGGAAGGGAACGGGCAAGUUCAAGGAGCAUGCCAAGGAGAUGCAGGAGGCGGCGGAGGAGUUGAGGGAGAAGUUGUACAUGGAAGCAGAUGGCAAGGCGAGAGCCACACAUUUCAAACCGAGAUGUACUAGUCUGCUAACGCUCUAUCAGACCAAUCUAAAUAGCCCCGGGGCAAUAAUGAAAGAGCUUAGAAGAAAGACAUCUUUCUCGCUAAGAAAGAAAGACUACGAAGGCAUUAUCGCCCGCAUCAAGACGGCCAACUCGGUCCUGCAUGACCUCGCUGGGCAGAAUCGCGACCUCGAGCCCAGCCGGCGGCGGCGGUCACAGGCCAGGGUCACCAAACUCAUCCGUGGCCUGUCGCGGAGCAUCUUCGACGCCCUUAGGAGUGCAGCAACGUGCCGCUGCGUCCAGUCCCACGACGUGUGUCUCGAGCUGGUGCCGAGGAAGGCUGUCCUGGUGCCCAGCGAUGUGGAAGACGAGGUGGCCAAGAACCUCAACUUUCACGUGGUGCUAGGGUCAUAUGAGAGCCCUGUUCCUGAAACUGACUGCUCGGGCCAGGAUGAGAAGAGAGUGAAGCCUCUAGAACGACCAACCCGGUGGGACAGUCUCCGUGUCCAAUUCGAGCCCAAGAGCGAACUUAGCAUGAAGUCGCCUUCGUCGUUGAGUGCUCCUCUGAGCAAGCCCAGAUCUCCAUCACCACGGCGGAGAGUUCGAUUCCGUGAAUCGUUGGGCUUCAUAUCUAGGCGGGAGUUGACGUCCUCAUCAACAGAGACGCUAACCGUCGUCUCUGAGAAGAACCUGGUUGUCAGCACAGCGUCACUCCCUAUAGAAGCAUUACCCCCCGUCCUCAAAUCGGACCUGUGCCGAGUGAUAUUCACAUGGCAUGAGGAGCGUAGGGGGCCGACGACCGAGCGCUGCGGGUACAUCGCCGACCCGCAUCGCACGUUUGGUCUCUACCCGCAGCAUCGUCAUCCAGAAUCUAGCUCGGCCGUCACGCUACGGCAGAUGCUAGAGGGAAAGAAUCCCGAGUUUCAGGAGCUCGGUCUCCUGGAGAAGCUGAGGAUCGCGCUGGCUAUCUCCAUGAGCAUCCUCCAUCUAUACGACACUCCCUGGCUGGCGGGAAUCCUGACCUUGGACGACGUCGUGUUCCUUCGGGAAAGCCAGAAGGCCACAUCACAUACAGACUCUCCCCUUAGGCCCUUCAUGGCUAAGAACUUCGUCAGAACAACCGACGCAGCAGCACCUCUAAAAGUUCCACCGCAGAACACACCGCGCAAGCCAUCCAAGGCCAUGAACCUGACUGUGCUAUCCCUCGGCGCGAUGCUGAUCCAGGUGAUGAUCGGGCAGGCGGUGCCGGCGCUCGACAUGGCAGCGGACUCGAACAUGGACCUCAACGCGAUGCUCGAGAAGCACGAGGCGGGCGGCAAGUUUAGUGAUGAGGUGCUGCAGAGCGGGGGAUGGAACUACAUGGCGGCAGUGAAGUGGUGCCUGGAGACUGAGAGCGUGUUGGGGAUCAUGGGACUGGAGAACGAGGACUUUUGUCAGAGGUUUUAUGAGGCGGUUGUGGCGAGGCUGGAGAAGGAUAUACAACAGUUGAAUGGCCGAUAUUGGGAGUGA